CAAGCAACCAACAACCAAAUGCUGGAGCCAGAAAGCAGAAUGGCCACCUCACCGCCACAACACGUUCUCUCACGUCCACGAACAGCAACAACCGUUGGUACACGCAACACGCGUGAACGCCAUUAUCUUUACCCUGAUUGAACGUUUCAUACAUGCAUUUCGUGCCGAGCAGUAUCUCCGCUAGUACUUCGUAUUUUCAGGUUAUGAGCGAGGGAAAAAAGCUUCAUUUAUUGAAAAUUCGGAGACUCAAGACUAAAUUGAGUCAGGAUUGUCUCCAGCUAGUCAAACCAGGUGUUCUUUGGGUCAGCUGACUAAAAAAACUCCGGAAUUGGGACUCAGCCCGGAUUGAACCUGGUUUCGAAUCGGCAUGUACAACUCCCUCGACAAUUUUGAGAUGUCUCGGGCUAGUCGAGCCAGUUAGUUUGACCAGAUUCACAGCCUAUAGCUGGAUAUAAGGCUUCAGAUCAUCUCACGCGCACGUCGCCAGGGGAAUGUCGCCUCUCCGACACGCCACAAAAUGGCUGCCUGUUACAAUCACAGCCCUCUUUAUUAGCACCGCCUUGAUCUGGUUCCCUUUGACUUCCUCCCGAGACACCUAUCUACACCUCGGCAAUAGACUAGGCAAUAGCCUCGGCAAUAGAUUGGGCAAUAGCCUCGACAAUAGGCUCGGCAAUAGGCUCGGUAGAAGGCUCGGCGAUGGACUCCAACACGAGGUGUUCAAUCUGAGUCAAGCAACGGCUGCCCAUAAAUUGUCCGGACUAGCACUCGAUCCUUCCAAGGAAUUUCUUCAGACUCAAGCUGUAUCUAACGGCAGAAGAAGUCUCCUUAGCAGCAGGUCUAUUUUUGAGAAUUCUCAGGAAUUUCCGACUCAAGCUGUAUCCGAUGUUCUCCUUAGCAGCAGCUCUAACGGCAGAAGAGCUCUCCAUUCGGACCUCCCCCACGAUCUGAGCCAAUCCCAACAGGGACGAUUGGGACCGGAAGACGCGGAGACAGACCCAUGGCUGGAGAGCCUGUGUCUGGGAACUCAUAAUAAGAACUGCGAUUGGGGUCACAGGGGGGAAGGGACACGCUCUCGAGCUGGGAGUAUCCGUGCACGGACUAGGAGCAAUCUGCACCCUGGGUUGGAGGGGAGGGAGUCAGUGACUUGGGUGGAGCCGGUAAAUGAUGAGCCCCAGUCAGAGAUAGAGGCUAUUUGGGCUGCCCAUGCCGCCAAGCAUAUGGCGAUUGGUAGGGUGCACCACCCCCGACGGCCCCCACAGGCCCGGGGAAAGGCUCGGGGAGAUGCUUCGGACGAGGCUCGGCAUGGCAAUUGGACACAAGGAUUGCGGGGAUUGGCUGGGAGGCGAGAUCGGGGGAUUCGAAGGAGGAGUUUGGAGUUGCUGCAGAGGAAAUCGCCGUCUGAGACUCCUGCUCCUCCCGGCCCCAAAUGCGAGGGGCAGUGCUGCUCCAAUGCUGCUCCCGUAAUCCGCCCUGGAGCUCCCAAGAUGACGUCCACGUGGCUCAGCAGCCAGCUGGCACACGGAGCCCGGGUGGUGGUGCGGUCCAAGACGUGGGGCACGUGGUGGACAGCAGCAAAUGGGGCGAAAUGGGAGGGGCGCGUUGCUGGCCGGGUCACCACCAUGCCAAGUGCCUCACAGGCGCUCACCAUCGUUAGGGUCUCGAAUACACAGGUCAAGUUUCUCACCCCCAGCAACACGUACCUGACAAAGGGCGCAGCAGGCUACCUCAUAACAACCCGCAACACGUCGGAUCCGCUCGCAGUAUUCAAGGUGGAAUACAUUCCGCGCACCGUGUAUGUCGUCUUCCGCUCUGCCGACGGAUGGUACAUCCGUGGGGAUGGCAAAACCAGCCCACAGUUCAAGUCCCGCAAGGCGGGCGACUGGGAGCGGCACGACGUGCGCGAGGAGAUGGAGGUGCCGGCCAUCCGCGGGGCGAACCUGGGCUCGUGGCUCAUGACGGAGCCCUGGAUGAACCGAGAGGCGUUCAAGUUUGCGGGGUACAGCGACGGCACCCGGUUCACCCUGCGCUCAGUGAUUUCGGGGAAAUACGUCAAUGCACCCCGUGGCGGCGGCACAAUUAUGAAGUGCAACGACGUGCUCACCAAGGACACCUACCUCCACCUCACCACGGUUGAGAAUGCUACCGAUAACACUCGCAGAAUAUCAGUGCAGUGGCUUCAGUACUGGGCUGUCCGCAACAAGUCGCGAUUCGUUUGGGUUCAGUCCACCAAGCCGGAGGGAAAUGCCAGUAACUUUGAGCUCUUCAUCUAUAACACGCCACUGAACAGCACCACGGAGCAGAGGGAGGGCAGUGUGCGGGUGGUGCUGCGCGCUCCCAACGGCUUUUUUCUUCAGGCAAAUCCGGACGGCUCCCUCACCGCUGAUCUCACCGACUCUCUCGAUAACGAUGCCAUAUGGAGCAGCACUGCUGCCUUCGACCUCACAGUGCUGUGGCGGGUGGAGGCGGAUUGGCAGGCGGCCUACACAGCAGGCAGCGCAGCCCCAGCAAUCUACGAGAACAUUCGGCAAAACUUCAUCACCGAGGCGGAUUGGCAGAAGAUGCAAUCCCUAGGAGUCAACACCGUGCGCAUCCCCCUGGCCUACUGGAUCGGCCUCGACGCGGCCCCCGAGUUCCCCUUUGUGCCCGGUGCAUCGGCCUACCUGGACUGGGCGUUUGCCAUGGGGAGCAAGUAUGGCGUGCGCAUCUGGUUCAGUGUGCACGUGGCGCCCGGCUCACAGGCUGGCAAGGGCAACGCAAGAGACGGGCUCAUCCGCUGGCGAGGGGCCAAUAUCAAACGCACGCUCGACUUUGUCACGUGGCUCGCUAACAGGUACGGCGCCGAUCCGAUGUGGCUGGGCAUGGGGCUGCUGAACGAGCCGGUGGUGGGGGGUGCCAAUGGGUACGCAGGGGUGGAGCUGGAGGACAUGCGAGGGUACUACUCGGACGCCUUCAACGCCAUCCGCGCCCGCUGCGUGUGCUGCUUCGUGGCCAUGGAGGGCCGUGUGGGCAGCAACUUUGGAGACGUGAUGUGGCACAUGAGCGACGUGUGGCACAACAACGUGAUUCUGGAGCAGCAUAUUUACGAGGUGUUUGGCAACUUCUUCAGCUCCAAGGGCGUCGACUGGGAGAUCGACUACGCCUACACCACCAGGAAAACCAACAUCAUCAACUUCCAACAGCAAGUGGGGCGGCAGCUGCUGGUGGGCGAGUUCUGCAACGCCAUGGGCAACAGCGCCACAGCAGAGCAGCAGGCCAACUUCUCCCUCGCACAGAUGAAGGCCUUCAGCUACGCCAAGGCUGGCUGGUUCUUCUGGUCCUGGAAACUCAACACCACCGGGACGCACCACUGGCAGUUUGUGAACAGUUACGAACGAGGUUGGUUGCCGAAGAAGCCUGAUGGGAACUGGUAUUGAUUGCUCCAGAAUGUAUAAUCAGCUACAAUCAAAUGCGUGAUUGUAAUGCUUGUUUGCUCGGUACUUACUUGGACCUUGCUUGCUUUUGAAGUCUACAUAGCCAUGUAUUAUGCUAAUUACUCAAGUCACCAUUGAGUUG